AUGUCUUUUAUCCGCCACUUUCAUGCGCCUGCUAGGCUAGAGAGCGAAAUUUCGAAAGUGGUUAAAAAUGGCAAAAAAAUGCAGCAAAUGAAGGCAACUGCUAACUUGUACAAUCCCAAGUCUUCUGCUUCUAGUUACAAAGGUGUGCUGAGAGCGAAAAUAGAGCCGGGCUUAUAUCACCACCCAGCACACUCGUCAGAUACUGGAUCCAUAAACAGUGAAACAUUCCCAAGAGCAUUUCUGCCUAAUGACGACCCCAGAAGGAAAUUCGUGCAAACUCUGAGGCCGCGCGAACACCAACAAUCAAGCUGGGCUCCCCCUCUUCACCAGAAAAAGGACAAGACAUAUCAUUUGAGUCCCGAACAAGUUGCCGAGAUACAAAAACUCAGGCUUGAAAACCCAGAGAAAUACACAAGAAAAGCUUUGGCGCAGAGGUUUAAUGUCUCGCCGUUGUUCAUUUCACUCAUUUCUUCAGUCUCUGAGACGAGAUCAUUCGAAAUGGCUCAGAGACUUGAUGCUAUAAAGCAAAAUUGGCAUCCUAGAAGAGCCAUCGCGAGGGAUGACCGGAAGAAGCGUAAGGAGCUAUGGUACAGACCUUGA